CCAUUCGGCGGUGGUGAAGCUCAUCACUGCCAAAAAAUAGCUCUUCUUCACCAUGGCGUCCAUCCUAGCCCCAGUUCUCUAUUUAAUAAUUGUCGUCGGCGGACUUGGCAUAUUCAGCUCCCUAUACCGGAAACGUUCCGCAAACAGGAAACUCGAACCAUACUUUCCCUCACAUCCAGAACGCGACGCCUACGUUACCCUCCUCGGACUAACCAACCCCCCAGCACCCGACUCACUCCUCAAAGCCGCCCUCAUCCAACGCGCAUGCGCAGACGUCCGACGCGUUAUCCGUCUUCGCGAUGACAAACCGGCCGCACAAGCUCUUCUCCAAAAGGGUUCGAUCGGUGACGACCUCUGGAAUGCCAUACUCGCUGCAGAGAAAGAAACCGAGGCGGAGAUUUUGGAAGUUAUGCAUGAGGCGAAUAGUUUCAUGAAUGGUUGGGGACAGUUUAUCUUCAAUAGCGCGGGCGAGAUGGUUCAGAAUGAGAAAGUACGCAAGAUGUUGGAGGAAUACCCCAAGAUGCGUGCGGAAGCUGAAAGCAAAUACGGUUCAAAGAAAGUACCAGUAAACAAGUCAACAAGCACCGAAACUCCACUAACCGUCAAAGUCGAGACCGUAGCUCCAAAGACCGAACAACGAUCUCCUACACCACAACCUUCACAACCUCAACCUCCCGCUAACGCUCCACAACCAGCGACCUCAACGUCGAAUGGUAGCUUAGCACCUCCGACUGUCGGGGCGGAUGGAGACAGCGCAGCUUCAAUGAGCGACGGUGAAAUCAUUUCGGUACCUUCUAGUCCUGGAAAGCCUUCAAGGAAAUCUGGCAAGAAGGGCAAGAAGCGAAAGUAAAAACUCCGUGCACAUGCUAUCCUUCUUUCCACCUUUCUACUGUCUCCUUUACAUAUCCCGUUUACCCUAGCAUCAUGUACGUUGACUCACCUUAGGUACUCAAAAUAUUCAUCUGUCGGGUAGUAAUUCGACAUCUCCGC